CCGUCGCGCAUACGGGAAGUUCGGCUAACUUCUUCCCGAGACGAACCCAGAUGUAUUCCAGAAGUUUGCUACGACGAGCAGGGAGUUCAACCCCGAGUUCAAUGCUGCGCGUUAGCUACGUGAAGAAGUCAGUUUCUUCACCAACCCGCAUCUAUGCCGGGCAAGGUGUUGGGUCUCCAUUUGGACGUUCGACAAACCCCCAGCUGCAGCUGCUGGGUUCAACCUCCAAAGCACUCGGAUAUACGUCAGCGCAUCCUUCCGUGGUCACAAAUGCAAGGCAGCUCCUGUCCUUAUCUACUACCUCCAGGAUAUUGCGGGAGCCUGAAGCACCCGCACCUCCGGUUAACACCAAACCACCGAAGCAGGAAACUCCAGUGGAGAAGGCAAUUCGCGAGGCAAAGGACGAGCAAGUUGCCGCUGCUAGUGUCCUAGCUGCUGCUGCUGCCGCGGGGGCCGCAGGGCCUGCCGUGGAAUCCACGCAGAAUACGGUACAGGUAGCUCCAAAGAAACCCCUUACCGUUCGCAUCAAGGAGGAGCUACUCCAUUACUGGCAUGGGACAAAGUUGCUUGGUGCUGAGAUUAGCAUUUCUAGUCGAUUACUUGUGAAGCUAUUGCGAGGAAACCGACUAUCUAGAAGGGAGCACAGACAGCUCAAACGGACAACGAGUGACCUGAUUAGGCUAGUUCCGUUUAUCAUCAUCCUGCUGAUCCCUUUCAUGGAGUUGGCGCUUCCAGUCUUAUUGAAGCUUUUCCCUAAUAUGCUACCUAGUACCUUUGAAAGCAAGUUCCAGGAGGAGGAGAAAAAGAAGAAGCUGUUGAAAAUGCGGCUUGAAAUGGCGAGGUUCCUGCAAGAGACCGUGGAAGAUGUCUCAGUAUCAGGAACGUCAGGAGCGGAUGCAGCGAAAGAGUUUAGUCAGUUCUUUAACAAGUGUCGAUCGAGCGGUCAACCUGUACCAACCGAGGAAAUUCUGCGCAUAGCCAAGAAGUUCCCUGACUCGCUUACACUGAACAACUUAUCGCGGCCUCAGCUUGUGAGCAUGGCGAAGUACAUGAACAUUCAAGCAUUUGGCACCGAUACGUUCUUGCGCCAUCAAAUUGAAAGGCGUCUUCGGUAUCUCGAAGAGGAUGACAAGGUUAUCAUGGCUGAGGGCGGUGUUGAUAAACUUUCGAUCCCUGAACUGCAGCAAGUGGCCAUCUCACGUGGUAUUAGGACGACCGGCGUGUCUCCGGCACGAAUGCGGGCAGAACUGGAACAAUGGCUUGAUCUCCAUCUGAAUCACAAUAUCUCAUCGUCUCUAUUGGUAUUAUCACGGGCUUUCCAAAUGCAAGAACGGAUACCAUCGGAUAAGGAUGAGGCUCUUAAAGGCAAUGCCGAAGCCCUGCAGGCUACGCUCUCAUCCCUACCUCACCAGGUAGUGAACGAAGCGCAACUACAAAUUUCGGAAGCCGAGGGAUCUGCGACAUACAAGCAACGUCUGGAUGUACUUCAGGAGCAGGAGGAGUUAAUCCAGGAUGAAUUGGAGCAAGAAGCUGCGAUUGCGGCCGCGAAGCGGGCUAAGGAGGAGGAGGAAGCCGCAUUGAAACAAGCCAAAGAAGAACAGGAAGCGGCGUCAAAGAAAACCGCCGAAGUGGAACAGAAGGCAGCGGUGCCAGUGGAGGAGACAAAAGAGGCUGUUCCAGAAGUUAAAGCGCCAACUGUCGAAGAGGAAGGAUUGCAAAUCUCCGAUGAGGAACUACAGAGGUUGAGUGAUGCUUUGAAGACUCUUACGAAAGUAUCCGCGCUUGAGGACGUAAAGGAGAAGCUUUCAGAACUCAAAGAAGGCCGCAAAGAAUUCAAAGAGGACAUUGAGGAGCUCAAGCAAGUGACGCAAAAGGAGCCAGCCAAAGCCUCUAACCGUCUUGGCCAACGGAUUGACAAAAUGGUCGACAAGAUUGAACAAGAAUUGGCAAAGUACGACGAAGAGAUUGGAUCCAGUCUCAACCUUGUGAGACCGAACGAGGAAGGCAAAAUUACAAUUGCAGACCUUGAAGAAGCACUAAAAGUAAUCCGAGACCAUCCAGAUGAUGAGCGUAUCAAAAAAAUUGUCGUUAAACUUGACGCAGACGGGGACGGUGUUGUAGCUAUGGAUGAGAUCUUGCAUUUGGCGGAUGAGGCAGAGAAAGAGGGACAUGGAGAGAUUAUUGGAGAGAUCAAACGGGUAGCAGCGGAAGGGAAGAAAUUAUCCGAACAAGCCGUAGAGCAAAUCAUACAAAUUCAGCACACAGUAGCAGACGAGAAGGCAGCUGCCGCUGCUGUGGCGAAGGCGGCCGAGAAUCCCGAGCGAGCCCGUGCCCAACAGGAUCAAGCAAGGGUUCCGGAGACAACGAAAUCCUCAUAAAAGAUCAGGUGGGCGAUAAUCAUUUACAUAGGAAGAGCCGAGUAGUGUAAGACCGUACGGUGGACUUCGUUUGGCGAGUGACGUCCGCUUUCAUUCAGCAUGCUGCUUGUACCAGCUUUCCAGAUCAUCCAUGUCACAUAUAGACGAGCCUUGGGUUCAGUGCAAUUCUAUUCUAGAUUGCGAUAAUAUAUUUACAUACGCAUUGCAAA